AUGGCACCAAACACAGCGCGCCUCACAAUCUUCGUCUUCGGCCUCUCCUCCUUCGCAGCGGGAGUCCACUCCCUCCUCCGUCCCCACGACUCCCUCAAGGCGCUAGACCUCCCCGCCGCCGCUCUCCCCGCAGCCAACGGCAACGCUCUGGCCGCCAUUGCAAUGGGCAUCUACUACACCCUGGCAGCCGCCCAAGACAACCGCGCCUUCUUCCUCGCCACCAUCCCAAUGCGCUUGACGUCCGCCUUCGUGUUCUGGCGACAGGACUGGGGUAUCGUUUCCGGUUGGGAGGGUGGGAGCGCGGCAUUGACGCUGCUUGCCUUGGCUUGGGAUGUUCGGCAACGAACCAAGACUCAUGAGGCUUGA